CUUGCUUUAUAUAUAAUCUUCAAAUGGCAGCAGCCCCCAGCCGGCCAGCCCACCCUUCAUCCGGCCACCAACCUCAGCCUGCACGUCUUGUUCUUCGAUCUGUCCCUAGCUUUGGAUCCCUCAAGUCAUCUCCAGGAGUCGACUGCAUGGUGCCCAGGCUUGGUGAAGUUUGCUAUCUCAGUCGCAGCUGUCUGAUAGCAAACUAAAAUUAUUGUGCCCACUUGAUCAAAGUAUUAGGUUUGGUGCGGAUCCCUUGACUAAGAUUUCCCUCUCCAGGUACUUGGAUGACGCACAGUUCUGGGCAAUAGCGUUGUCAGGUAUCAGCUGCUACCACUCCAUAGACACACACAGAGAACAAGCUACGGAGUACAAAGAGAGCAAUGGCCGACCUAGUGUUUGGCAUCACCAAAUCAUUGGUGGAAGGGACACUGAGCAUAGCCCUGUCAGCGAUUGAUGAGGAGUCAAAGCUGCGUCAGAGCACGCAGCAUGACCUGGUGUUCAUUGCUGGAGAGUUUGAUAUGAUGCAGUCCUUCCUCAGCAUCACCACUGCGGAGCAUGUCAGGAACAACGUUGUGAGAUCCUGGGUGACUCAGGUUCGUGACCUUGCCUACGAUGUGGAAGACAGCAUCGAGUUUGUCAUCCACCUGGACACCAAGUCUGACUGGUGGCGCCGCAAGAUCCCAUCAUGUAUGCGGCAGCCCCUGCCCCUAGAUGAGGCUGUUGGCAUCAUAGAGCAAUUGAAGGUUAGAGUCCAGGAUGUGAACCAGAGGAAGGAGCGCUACAAGCUUAUAAGCGAUUCUGGUGGCCUCAAUCCAGUCAUGGAGAUGACGCAGCCGGGCAUCACUGGUUCAUCGUUUGACAUGCUCGCUGAAGCAAGGAGCACCACCAGGAAGCAACGCGACAUGGAUGAUCUCACCAACUUGCUCACCAGGGCGGGCAGCGACCGUCAGGUGAUCUCAGUGUGGCUGUCUGGGGGCAAUCUUGGAGCAGCGUCCAAGUCCAUCGUCAGGGAGGCCUAUGUCAACACAGCAAUCAUGGGAAAUUUCAGCUGCCGUGCUUGGGUCAAGCUGGAUAGGGCUUUCAAUCUCCAGGAGUGUGAUCUGUUCUCUGGUGAUGGAUCAAGGAUCAGUUCCGCCACGGGCGGAACGCCUGAAGACCUGUCCGCCAAGAUCAAGGAGCAAGUGAACAACCAAACAUAUCUCGUUGUCCUGGAACUGGAAGACCUAUCAACCGAUGUAUGGGACACUAUUCUAAAGUACCUUCCAGACAGGCAGAACGGGAGUCGUAUUGUUGUGCUCACACAGCAGUUCCAGGUGGCAAGUCACUGCAUGCGACUUCCAUACAUCCCGCAAUUCUGGAGUGAUUACUCGCUUUGUGUCUUCUCCGGGGACAAACAGGGACCCCUUAUUGGACGCGAGUCAGAAAUCAGUCAACUUCCUGAGUAUCCAGCUACAGCACGUAUGUCCGCUUUGCAAGUGAUGUCUGUUUGCGGGAUACCUGGUGCUGGGAAAUCUGCUCUUGUUAGAAAUUUGUACCGCAGCAAGAUGAGUCAGAAUAACCAAUAUAAAAACUAUAUCUGGGUGGAUGUAUACCACCCAUUCAAUUUAGUGGACUUCUGUAAGAGCAUACUUAUCCAAUUCCAUUCACGUUUUCUCAAGACAGGUGAAGACCCUGUCAAAACGUGUCAUGGCCUUCUAAAAGAUCAGCAGUGCCUACUAGUUAUUGAUAAUCUGCAGUCAACAGAAGAAUGGGACUUGAUAUGUGGUGCAUUGGCGAUUAGAUCUGCAGUCAACACAAGUUCUAGAAAUGCAAUUGUUGUUAUUACAAAUGAAGAAAGAAUUGCGUUACACUGUGCAGACAGAAAAGAUCUUGUGUUUCACGUUAAACCUCUAGAAGCUGGGGCAGCCAUUGAUCUCUUCAAAAAAAAGGUAGAAGGCUCAUAUAUUUCUGCAGAUGCUGUUGAGACGGACCCAGUGUUACAGCAAGUUAUCGCAACGUGUGGUGGACUUCCAAAAGUAAUAGUUGCUUUAGCUGAUGUUUUGGGCCAGACUUAUAACUGGGCAGAGGAAGCCAGAAUUUUGAAUAACAAUUCUCUACUCAACCUAGAGACCAGGCCGGAGUUUGUUUCUUUACAAGGUCUGUUUAGCUGGUUGUAUUCCCACCUUGGUGCUUUGCCAAAGCACCUCAGGCAGCAUGUAGCCUACCUAUUAAUUUUCCCUGGAGACUGCAGCAUCCGACGACGGCGUUUGGUGAUGCGGUGGGGUGCAGAGGGGUACUCCACGGACUGUGAAAGCUAUACUGCAGAUGAGAACGGGGAGGAGCUUUUCUCUAGGCUUGUCAAGGAGACAAUGAUUCAGCCUCCACCACGCACAACCAUCACAAACACGAGAAUGGUCUCGUUUGAAGUAAAUGCUAUGUUCCGUGAGUACAUGAUCUCACGACCUCUGCAAGAAAAUAUUGCAACUGCAAUUGAGCUCUCUGCACUAAAAGGAACUUGCAGCCCAACAAGUAGGCGCAGAGGACGGCACCUUGUCAUUGAACAAAGCUGGGACAGAGACAGGAUUGUGUUCAACAACAUUGACUUCUCCAGGCUAAGGUCUUUGACAGUGUUUGGGAAAUGGGAAGAAUUCUUCAUCGCAGAAAGCAUGAAGGUGCUUCGGGUGCUUGAUCUGGAGGAUGCAUCAGGUGUGACAAAUAAAGACCUCCAGAACAUGCUAAAGCUGCUGCCUCGCCUCAAGUUCCUUUCUCUGAGAGGAUGCAGUGAGAUCAACUAUCUGCCGAGUUCAGUGGGUGAACUAAGACAGCUCCAAGUUCUUGAUGUCAGAUACACCAACAUAGUUACCAUUCCAGCAUCCAUCACUAAGCUAAAGAAGCUGCAAUACAUCCGUGCGGGUCCCAUGGCCCUACCUGAGGAUCCAUCAGCACCUCAUGCUGUAGCAUUCAAGUUGUCGGAGCUCUGCAGAUGUCUCCAACUAGUUGGUGUCGGGCUGAUGUCAGGGAUUGGAGAGUUGACCGCGUUGCAUACACUUGGAAUUAUCAAUGUCAGUGAGACAGGGGGCAAAGUCAUCCUGAAAGAGCUCAGGGAUCUCACCCAAUUGCGAAAACUUGGAGUGUCUGGGGUCAGCAACAAAAAUGGCAAGGAGUUCUGUUCUGCCAUCUUGUGUCACUCUCGUCUAGAAUCCUUGUCAGUGUGGCUCAACGCGGACAAUAAAGCUUGCUUAGAUAGCAUGCUCCCCGAGAACACCAAUGAAACUUCAAUUAAACUUCAGAGCCUUAAGCUGUAUGGGCCUUUAGAAAAAUUGCCAAGGUGGUUCGAUAGGAACAAGCAACUUUGCAACCUCAAAAAGUUAAAUUUAGAGCUGGACAUGUUAUUGGAAAAUGACAUAAAAGUUCUUGGGAAGCUACAUGAAUUAUGUGUUCUACGUCUUCGUGUCAAGCCACCUCAAGAUGAGAUGCUCCAUUUUCGUGUGGAGACUGCUGGGGUAGAGGAUCGCAGUUAUGAAAGGGUAAAGGUUCUCGAGAUUGCUAGCAGAUCAAGCUUACAUGUAACUUUUGAAUCUGCAUCACAAGCAAUGCAGAAGGUUGAGCUGCUCAAUGUUGGAUGCUGUACUAAUGGUUCGCCGCUGCAGUUGGAUGGGCUACAGCAUCUCUCCAAACUGAAGGAAGUCCGAGUGAUUGGUUCCAGUUCCAACGAUGAAAUACUUAAGACAAAUUUCUAUGGCCAAUUUGCAGGCAAGCCAAGCAAACCUACUUUGAAGCUGGGGGAAGCCGUUCUGUCGAACCAGGCAUCGACUGGACGAAAGGAUCAACACUACUACUCAUUUCCCUUUUAUUGUACUACUCGACAAAACCCGAUAGUGCAAUCAUGAUGCCUAUAAAUACUGGAACAUAUGCUUUCUCCUGUAUUAUUGCAGCACCAAAAGCAGAAUGCUAGAACUUGAACUUUGUACUACAGUGUAAGAAAAAGGAUGUUUUGGAAUUGUCGGUUUUUUAAACUGUAUGGAUAUCUAUCUCCCAGGUUGUUUAUGUGGAUCAA